UACGAAACAGCUAAACCUCAUCUGGAUAAUAGAAAAUAUAAAGCAAGAAACUUUAAUUCAACAGAGGAUCGAGUUUUGCAACACGCUGUUUUCUUAGUGUUAGAUAAAUGCGCUAUUAGCGAACGUUCUCACAACCAAGUGAACUCAAAUAUGCUUCUGUAUGAUCAGAGUAAAUGUCUAAAUCGACUAACAAUGACUUGAAUCAGAGAAAGAUAAAAAGCGAAUCUUACUACUCAGUAGAUAGUAUCAGUAAACUAUAUAUUUGCGCUGCGAAAAGCUUUUUUUAAAUCAAAAUCAAAAUCCAAUAUCGACUUUAUUGAAGUACCACCUGCUUGUGUCACUCAUGACUCACGAAUUGCUUGUUUUAAAUGAAGAGCAUAUUCAAUUCAAAUAUUGCUUCAUCUUCCUCAAACAUGGCGCUAACAGUUCUGGACGCGCGUUUCGUAUUUCUUGUGUUUUAUCUGACGGGAAAGACGUCCCAGCAGAGCUGCCCCGCUAGCGUCAGCUCCGAACAAGGCGUCGCCCUUCUGGGUUAUACGUUUGAGUCCCGUUUUGCAAGUCAUUUUUGGGAGUGUAUUAGAAGUUGCAUUGAAGAACGACAGUGCUGGAGUGUCAACUAUCACUUGAGCUCUCGCCUGUGUGACCUCAACAGCGAAACCAAAGAAAGGCAGCCUUUGAAACUCGCAAGAAGGGAUUUGUCCGUUUACUUGAGGGAUAGAAAAGCCGGAGAUUGGAAAGGAGUUGUGCGCUCGUGCAAAGACUUGCGGGAUCUCGCGGGUAACGCGGACCCCACGACAGGGGAGUAUUGGAUCGAUCCGGAGGCUGACAGGAGACUUCUGAGGGUUUACUGCGACAUGAAAACUAAUGGAGGUGGGUGGACCUUGGUAACGCGAAAUGAGCCAUUAAAAAGAAGUCUAGUGACUACCUCUUAUGCUGACUACCGCUACAUAAGCACUGAGAAGUUAGGGACCGUGUUAGUUACAAGUCCAGCGGUACAAAAGCUGAAAUCUUUUAUCGGCUUCACUCAGCUUCGCUGGCGAUGCCGCAAGCAGUCCGUCGGUCGCACCAUCGACAUCAUGACGGCCAAUAACAGCUCAGGAGCCCGAGUCCUGGUCCACUUCCUGGACAGGGUCAUGUUUCCGGACGCUUGCGGUUCGUUUGUCCGACUGCCGGAAGAUAACUCCAUCCUGACCCGGAACUGCGCCAAGUGGGGCAGCAAUGGUACCUUACCCGAGGGGGAGUGGGGAAAGUACGGUGUGCGCGGCCCUCUAAGACUUUACAACUAUCCAUUUUUCUGGUCUGGAAAUUUUACAUUUUCUUGUAAAAAUUCCUUUUGUAACUGUGACGAUGCUGGAAGUGACCAGAACGCUAACGAUUUCUGGGAAUUGUACGUCCGUUGAUAACGUGUUUACACGUUUUUUUUCUGUAACUAAGUUGUCUUAAUAACGUGUUAUUCAAUCUUGUAUAACCAGCAUAACGUGAGAAUAACAGGAUUUGUUGAGAGGGGGGGGGGGGGGUGCCAGGCGUGAAUGUUUUUGUUUUUUUUAAAAAAUUCUGGCAAGCUUUUAAAAAAAGAUCUUCCCUUCCAUUUCACAGCUAAUUUUAUGUAAACAUCAUUAGUGGUGUUGCUGAAUAAUUUAGAAUUUUUUUUUUUAUUAUUAAAUCUUGUAACCCUGGCAUUGAAUUCCUAUUUGCUUAACAUAGGAUCAAGGCAGUUUCGAUCGUGAAAUUUUCUUCUCUAGUAAACGCCCCUAGAGGUAAAUCGCUUCUAAACCUAUUUAUACAAAUAAAGAUUAUGUGUAAAGUUCA